CUUCCAUCUUAGGCACAACAACCACAACAGUAAAUUGUGUCACAGAUUCAGUCACAGCCGCAGAUGCAGCAACAGUUGGGUUUGCAACAACAGCCAAAUCCACUACAAUGUGAAAUGAGGCUUCAACCAUCAGGUCAAAAUGUAAUUGAUCAGCAAAAGCAGUUAUAUCAACCACAGAGACCUCUUCUAGAGACAUCAUCAACAUCUGUCGAUUCAGCUGCAACUGGACAUGCGAGUGGAGUUGAUUGGCAAGAAGAGGUUUACCAGAAGAUCAAAACAAUGAAGGAACUGUACUUACCUGAACUUCAUGAAUUGUAUCAGAAAAUUGUUGCUUACUCGAUCGUAAAAUCUAUGUCACCUAAGGCAUUGAGUGUUUCUGUCAGGGACAUUGGCUCUGUUGUCAGCAUGGUUGAUAGGUUUGCAUGA